AUGGCAGCCGCUGCUGCAUCCGCUGCUGCGCUCGACCCGGGCAACAGCUCCAAGAACACUCUCAAACUCGAAAAUACCGAGAAACGAGACACCCUUAUCGCUAUCGAACAGAAGUACCAGGCGCAAUGGAAGGAGAAGAAGGUUUUCGAGGUCGACGCUCCCUCCUUGUCGGAGGUUCCUGCGGGAUCGAUGUCCGCUACUGAACUCCGCGAGAAACACCCUAAGUUUUUCGGAACCAUGGCCUAUCCAUAUAUGAAUGGAACCUUGCACGCAGGUCACAGUUUCACCGCCAGUAAAGUUGAGUUCAUGACCGGUGUGGCCCGCAUGGAGGGCAAGCGGGCACUCUUCCCCCUUGGAUUCCACUGCACUGGUAUGCCCAUCAAGGCAUGUGCGGAUAAGCUCGCCGAUGAAGUGAAGCAGUUUGGCCAGAACUUUGAGGGAUAUCAGGAAGAGCAGGAAGAAGACACGAAAGUAGCUCCCGCUCAGGAGGUGAAGGCCGAGCAACAAGAGAAGUUUUCCGGCAAGAAGAGCAAGGCCGCCGCCAAAACGGUGAAGAUGAAGUAUCAGUUCCAAAUUAUGCUUGCCAUUGGCAUCCCUCUGGAGGAAAUCCAUAAGUUUGCCGAUGCAGCCCACUGGCUCCAGCACUUCCCGCCCCUUGCCAUUCGUGACCUCGACAGCUUGGGCGCUAGAAUCGAUUGGCGUAGACAGUUCGUCACUACCGAUGCGAACCCCUACUAUGACGCAUUCGUGCGCUGGCAGAUGAACCGUCUCCACGAAUUGGGCAAGAUUCAGUACGGCAACCGUUAUACCGUCUACUCCCCCAAGGAUGGACAGCCUUGUAUGGACCACGACCGAACUGAGGGCGAGGGAAUUGGACCCCAGGAGUACACUGCUAUGAAGCUCAGGGUCAAGGAAUGGGCACCUCAAGUGGCUGAGUUGGUCAAGGGUAAGAUUGAGGACGAUGCCAAUGUGUACUUUGUCCCUGCUACUCUGCGUCCUGAGACGAUGUAUGGACAGACCUGCUGCUUCCUGGGUCCUAAAAUCGAAUAUGGUAUCUUUAAAGUCAAGGAGAAAGAGUAUUUCGUUGCCACUAAGAGAGCCGCUUGGAACAUGGCAUUCCAGGGCAUUUUCUUCGACAGCGAGCACUUCCCCAAGUCUCAGGAUCAGUUGCCGUUGGUCGUGGAGGCACCCGGAUCUGCCUUUGUUGGCACCCUUGUCAACGCACCGCUUUCCUUCCACACUGAAGGCGUCCGUAUUCUGCCCAUGGAGGGUGUCUCUGCAAGCAAGGGUACUGGCGUUGUUACUUCCGUUCCCUCAGACAGCCCUGAUGACUAUGCCACUUUGCUUGAUCUUGCGAAGAAGCCUGAAUACUAUGGCAUCAAAAAGGAGUGGGCUGAGCUGGAGAUUUUCCCUCUAAUUGAUACCCCAACUUAUGGGAAUCUUACUGCACCAGCGCUGAUCAAGGAACUCAAGAUUAACUCGCCCAAGGACGUCAACCAGCUCGCGACGGCCAAGGAGUUGGCAUAUGGUGAAGCAUUUUAUAAAGGCACCAUGCUUGUGGGCGAAUUCAAGGGCCAACCGGUGAGCGCUGCUAAGGAUAUGAUCCGCAAGGCUCUGUACGAUAGCGGUGACGCUUUCGCCUUUGCUGAUCCUAUGGGCAAGGUCGUCAGCAGAAGCGGAGAUGAUUGUGUGGUUGCCUAUCUUGGCCAAUGGUUCUUGAACUACGGAGAGAAUGACUCGAAGUGGCAGCAAGACACCUUGAACCACGUUGUGAACACCCUCAAUGCUUACUCGAAUGAAACCAAGCACGGCUUUGAGAAGAACCUUGAUUGGCUUAACCGCUGGGCUUGCGCUAGGACCUAUGGCCUGGGCUCCAAGCUACCGUGGGAUCCUCAAUUCCUCGUUGAAAGUUUGAGUGAUAGCACUGUCUACAUGGCCUACUACACGAUUUCUCACCUCCUUCACAGUGAUCGUUACGGUACGCAGACUGGGCCGUUGGAUGUGAAGGCAGAGCAGAUGAUCGAUGAGGUUUGGGACUAUGUGUUCACAAGACGCGAGCUCAGUGACGAUCUUGUGUCGAAGAGUGGCAUUAACAAAGACGCACUACAGCAGAUGCGGAGAGAGUUCGAGUACUGGUACCCAUUGGAUGUCCGAGUGUCUGGAAAGGACCUCAUCCAAAACCACUUGACUUUCUUCCUCUAUAUCCACGUUGCGCUCUUCCCGCCAGAGUACUGGCCUCGUGGUGUCCGUGCCAACGGACACUUGCUCCUGAAUGGUGAGAAGAUGAGCAAGAGCACAGGUAACUUCCUGACUCUCAAGGAUUCUGUCGAUAAGUUUGGUGCCGAUGCGACUCGUAUCGCCUUUGCCGACGCCGGUGAUGGAAUUGAAGAUGCGAACUUCGAGGAAACUGUUGCAAACAGCAACAUUCUGAGACUGCACACCCUCAAGGAGUGGGCUGAGGAAAUUGCCAAGGACGAGAGCUUGCGUACGGGCCCUGCGGAUUCAUUCUGGGAUAAGCUUUUCAACAAUGAAUUGAACAACCUGGCUCAUGAAGCCAUUAAAAAUUAUAAAGACACAAAUUUCAAACUUGCCUUGAAGUCUUCUCUGUAUGACUUGACCGGUGCUCGUGACGUCUACCGUGAGGCAGCCACUGCGGCAGGUGUCGGAAUGCACCGUGAUAUGAUCCUUCGCUAUAUUGAGCUGCAGGCUCUUCUGAUGGCCACCAUAACUCCUCACUGGGCCGAAUAUAUCUGGCUCGAGGUCCUCAAAAAGCCUGAGACUAUCCACUUUGCUCGUUUCCCUGAUGUCCCCGAGCCGUCUCCGGAACUGCUGGCUGCAUCUAACUAUGUCCGGAGCACAUCCACCAGUAUCACCUCUGCAGAAGCUGCAUUCGCCAGGAAGCUUUCCAAGGGCAAAUCGAUUACUUUCGACCCUCGUAAGCCGAAGAAGAUCACGAUCUAUGUCGCGAAGAAGUACCCUGAGUGGCAGGAGAAGUACAUCGACCUUGUUCGAGAAGCCUUCGAUGCUCUCAACAUUUCGUUCAACGACAAGGAGCUGAACGCCAAGGUCGGUAAGCUGGGUGAGAUGAAGAAGGCGAUGCCAUUCGUCCAGGGUCUGAAGAAGCGCCUGGUCCAGAACAAGGAGGCACCGGAUACCGUCUUCGCUCGGAAGCUACCCUUCGAUGAAUUCGCUGUCCUGGAGGAAAUGAAGGGUGGUUUGAAGCGGACGACAGGUUGCAAGGAGCUCGAAAUUGUUGCCGUUGACGAAGGUGGCAAGACCGGCGAGGUCCUGGGCACUGGGGAGAGGAGAGAGGGUCUUCAGGCUGAAAAUGCCGUGCCUGGUCAGCCUACUUUCCUGUUCGCCAACAUUGCCGAGUAG